AUAAAAAUGUUACGUGGCAUUCGAACGUAGCAUAAGACAUAUUUUACAUUUUUUAAUGCAUCAGACGCACUUUGAUGACGUAAAAUGAAAUGGACGCGCUGUAGCAUGGACGCAAUCCCCCCAACAUUACUUAACUGGUAAUUUUGGGCUUUGGGUGAAGUCGUUUCGGUUCAAGUUGACGCUUCCCUCCAUAGCCCAUCUCGUUUUAGCCCAGUCUAACGUACACUGGCUUGCUCGCCGCUAACAAAGAAACGCGUUUGUGAUCGCUCGGCAAUGGAGAUGGUGUGAAAAUGUGCACAAGUACAACAGGGUACGAGGAGGAACUUGGGGCAAAAAACAACAAAGGCCGACAAUGUUGCCAACUACUCGACACCGUUUGCGAGACGCAGCAGUCAAGAAUUGUGCUUGGCACUCCAGACAAUGGCGAAAAAUACCUUGGUCCUGGGCACCAGGAGACUCCGUCCCUUCCCAUUGGAGGGGAAAAGGAGAAGCAGGAGUCCCCUCACAUGAAAGAAGAAGAGGACCAGAAAGAUGGGCCUCUUCGCAUGAAGGAGGAAGAGCAAGAAGAGAACGUCACCACUUCGCCAUGCGUUGGUAUCCCCCUUAAGAGUGAAGAUGAAUAUGAAGAUCCCAGUGGGGUCAGCGGAGGGGCGGAGCCUCCCAGCAGCAGGAAGUCAAGCGAACGCAUGAUAACAGAAGGUGACGGACAAUCACCAGCAGACGGACUACUUGCGCCUCUGUCAGAGAAUGACGACACAACGUCACACUCUCCUCGCACUCAUGAUAAUGUGGAGUCUGAAGGCCAAAUGAGAUGUCAUGCUGACAGCAAGCACUGCGAACGUUCUCAGAAUGGGAAAACUGUUGGGUCCACAUCUCGUUUGAAAAAGCACCCGAUGUUGCUCAACGGUGAGAAACCUUACACAUGCACGGUUUGUGGUAAAGCGUUUUCUCAGAGCGCAGUCUUAUUGAUACACACAAGAAUGCACAUUGGAGAGAAACCUUUUGCUUGCUCCGUUUGUGGCAAAAGAUUUUCUGCGAGGGGAAAAUUAGAACAACACACAAGAACACACAGUGGCGAGACAGCUUUUGUGUGCUCGUAUUGUGGACAAAGAUUCUCUCAGAAGGCAGAUCUAGAACAGCACGCAAGCGCACACACUGGUUCAAAACCCUACUCGUGCACAUUUUGUGGUAAAUUGUUCUCUCACAAGGCAAUUUUAACGAUACACACACGAACACACACCGGAGAGAAACCGUUUGCAUGCUCAGUUUGUGGCAAAAGCUUCACUCAAAAGGGAAACUUAACCACGCACACAAGAACACACACUGGAGAGAAACCGUUUGUCUGCUCGGUCUGUGGUAAAAGGUUUUCAGUGAAAGGAAAAUUAGCAAUACACACAAGAACACACACUGGAGCUUUUGUCUGCUCAUAUUGUGGUCAAAAAGUCUCUCGCAAGGAAGAUUUAAAACUCCACACGAUGACCCACGUGGGUUGGAAACCUUAUUUGUGUACAGUUUGUGGUAAAAGCUUCACUGCAAACAAAUAUUUGAGAGAGCACUCCGCAACACACAUUGGUGAGAAACCUUAUACAUGCCCAGUUUGUGGUAAAGGUUUCCUUAAUAAGGGAAAUUUGACAACACACACAUUCAUCCACUCUGGGGAGAGACCUUUUGCCUGCUCAGCUUGCGGACAAACGUUCACUCGGCGAGACCAUUUGGCAAACCACACAAGGACGCACACUUCUGAGAAACUUUAUACGUGCACAGUUUGUGGUAACCAUUUCUUUAAUAAAGGACAUUUGACAACACACACCAGAAUACACGCCGGGGAGAGACCCUUUGCCAUGUAAAUGUAGACGUUUACAUGUCAGGGCGUUGAACUGUAAGUGGAUCUUUCUGGGUGUCUUCGAGAAGGGUUUGUCUGAGCACUUGUAAUGAAACAUGUAAAGCAAUGCAUCUGUUUUGCCCGAUGUUUUCCUGACACGCAAAUCCAAAACUUGGACUCUUGAUGUCAAGAAAAGUGUCAAUGAAUAAAAUGCAACUAUAAAAAGUGAGUCAGUCACUCGCUGGGCGCCAUCUGUUUUGUCAAAUAGU